AACAAAUACUUGCAGCUUGAAAAGGUGUGGCCAUGGGCCCUGAGCCAUGACCAUCCCCAUCCGAACGCUGCGUCCGCGCGGACUGCUCUAGCGCCUUCUCGGCGCGGAGCGUGCGACGAGCUGAUGAGUCGGCGAUGCGCUUCACGGCGAUGCGAGUCGUGUGGGCUUUGAGCUGGGCGCGUGAAGUGGCACAAAACACCGGCUCCUCCCAUGCUUCAAGCUGUGAAGAUGCACCCCCUUGGCCCUGGAGGCACUGGGGCUGCCAUCGCUGGGAUUGCGGAGACUUCUCCAAUCACACGGAGGACUGCCGCGGCACAGCCAGUGCCACCUUGUGCUCCAAGUGGGACUGUGGCGAAGGUCGUUUGCAGCCCAGUGGCACUUUCGCCUGUGUCGGUGGUCGCUGGGCAGACGUCCUACCCACCUGCUUGGGCUCCACCUAUCCGGGCUCUCCGGGAGGCACUUGGCUUGGGGUGAACUACACGGUGCGGGCCGUGCUUUUCCAGCUCCAGAUGUCUUGGAUCCCUGCCUCCGUCUAUCAACCGGAGGUCUGCGCUGGCAGGACCAGUUCGGGCUCUUUGCUGCUGCCUUGCCAACGGAUGGACCUGGGCGACUUGCUGCUGAAGGAGAUCUGGAAGCUCUUGCUCUACUCCUUGCAGGCGAGCCUUUGCCGAGCCGAUCUGCCGCUGGAUGUGCCGAACGCGUCCUUCCACUGCAACGGCCGGGUGUCCAGCUACGGCGAUCGACUGCGGCUCAGUGGGGUCGUGGCACAUUUAGGUGAAAGUCCUGGCGAGCCAAAGAAUUUGACCCUCUUCCUGGAGGCGAUCUCCGCGCGCUCCUCGGAGGCCGAGGCCUUCCGCGACGACCUCCGCAGCCUCCGCGACGCCCUGGGAGCGUCGAAUCCGCUCCAGGUGCCUGCUGCUACUUGGUAUUCCGGCGCCGCUUUGCCAUCCAAGGCUGCCUGGCUGGCGGAAGGUCUUCAGAAACUUUGGGCAUCGCCCAGUCACUUCAACAUCAAGGAAGAUGUGGACUUCUUCCGGAUGGACUGGCUGCCUUCUUUGACGCUGCGGUUUCAGGAGCCUUACAUCAUUAACCGGCUGACAGUGCCAGGGUGGCGGUUGGAGACGCUUCCCACACCGGAGGAAGACAGGAAUCUUCAGCGGAUCCACGUGCUCCAGGAUCUCGAGAGGAUCGCUGUGGCGGUGAUGGUCAGCCUGCUCGCCGCGGCUUGGAUCGCUGCCGCCACCUGCCGCUCUUGCCUUUGGGAGACGUUCUUCGGCCGCUGGAACUUCCUGAGCUCAAUUCGUACCCUGGGACGGCUGGCAUUGCUGACGUUCGCAGUGGAGCUUUGCGGCUAUCUCAUCAUGGGAAGCGCCUGGUGGUGGGCCAACGAGGGAACUGCUUUGAAGUGGGAGUUGCUGCUUGAGUCAACUCGCCUCAGUCUUCCACUGCUGCUGCUCCUGGCGAUUCUUCCUCUCUCGUCGCUUUGGUCUUCCACGCAACUGACGCUGCAACUGCUGAAGCAGCCUCCGGUGCCGGGACGCGCACAGUGCUGCUACGUGUGCUGCAGAUUGAAGCGACGGGCUUGGGCUUGGCUCUUCCUCCUUUCAGUGCUUUGGCACGGGGCUGCGAGUGUUGCCUGCGUGGUGGCUGCCGUGGAUGUGUGGCCGGGACUUGUCAGUGCGACUGGGCUGCACUUCCAGCGUGCAUUGAAGGAUUGCCAGCAAGAAUUGGACGAGAUUUGCGUGAGUACAGACUGGAGACAAGUGCCAGACACACGCUGGGCUAGUCACCUGAAAUGCGCACUGCAAUGUUCGGAUGUAGCUGUUCCGGAUGAGGACGUCAUGCUCGCCUUCUUCCACUUGGCGUGCGUCUUGCUGUUGAUGUCUUCCGCCUGGUCCAUCCUGCUACAUGCAGGGCUUUUAUGGCUGGCACUACGAGUCCUCUGGGCCGCCCAAAAGAUGAGCGCCUCUGCCUCGUCUCAAGGCACCUCUGCCUCUGCUUCACGCCCCAAGGCUCCAUCCCAACCCUUGGAGCCGCGGCUGGCUGGGCUUGACACCUUGACCACAGCGCGCUUUCAGCAGGGCAUCGCAAGCGCCCGGUCAUCGCAUGACGUCCACGGCGACGGUGUGGACGCGCGUUCUCCGCGUUCUCCGCAGCCGGCGCAGAAUGAGGUGGCACUGUCGGCAGCAGGUUUGGCCUGGCACUUGCGGAUCAUGGAAGCGGCGCAGUCCAUGUCGCAGCCACCCUCACCCUCUGGCUCGGUGCGCAGCAUCCGCUCGGUGCCACGUGCUGAGCCCAGCGCGAAGGAGCUACGGGAGAUGCUCGAGAAUCCCAUCGCCGAAGGCCAUGCGGAGCUGGUCGACUUCGCUCGCAGUAUUGCCCGCGAAUGCACCGGUGCAUCCAGCAGCGCCCACAGCAGCAUCAGCGUUUUGAGCUCCUCUCGGGCUCGCGCAAGCCGUGUGUGAUUCUCCUUGGUGGCCUUUCUGAUGGCACACUGUCAAAGUUAAUGGGUUUCUCCAUCUCUGGAGGUGUUCAUAGUUCAGAACUUCUCAAAGUAGAAGUGUGCAGGUUUGGCUUACAGCUUUGGGGCUUUGUCCUCUUUCC